AUGCCCCAAACAACCGAAAUCAAACUCAAAAUCCUCAUAGCAGGCCUAUCCCAAUUCUCAAAUAACGAAAAUGACUUCCUUCCCACCCCUGAUUACAACAGACUUGCAAAAGACCUCGGAUUGCCUAACUAUGCUUCUGCGAAAGGGGUAUGGGGAAGAUUAAGACAUGAACUAAAAAGAGCAGGACGUGGGGACCUCAAGAUUCGCAAUGUGCCAGCAAGACCAAGAUCUCCGGUACGGAGACGACAGACGGGUGAACCAAUCGUGGUUGAAGAUGAUCGUGAGACUUCUCUUACGAAACGGGUUGUCAGACGGGCUCCGAGAAGAGGAAUCGAUAAGGCGGAAAAAGAAAUUGUUGGUGCAGAAUCGGAUGGAGAGGUUAUCAAGUCGGAGUUUGAUUCUAUGGAUUGUGAAGUCUAG